GAGGGAUGUCCUUAUUUGGAAGAGGUGGCUUGGCGAGACGAGUUCCUUCUGACGGAAGGAACCUACAACCAUCUGGUCACUAUAAUCAGCAUCAAUUCCAUCUCAGUUUUACCUACUGUGCUGUUGAAUGCUCUGGUGAUCUUUGCAGUAGCAACGAGGGAAAGGUUGCGAAAUAAAUCAACAAUCCUUUUGGCUUGCCUGGCCGGGGCGGAUCUCUUGACAGGGUUGGUGGGACAGCCGAUACGAAUCGCGGUAGAAGUGGAGUGAAUAUUAGAGAGGGGGACUUUCUGUGGAGCUUUGGAAAGAGUAAGCUUUGUAUCCGUUGGAUGCCAUAUCUUCGCCACCUUAACUCAUCUUGUGUUAAUAACUAUUGAUAGGUGCAUUGCUGUUAAAGAACCAUUGAGGUAUCGAGAUAUUGUCACAACACGGCGAGUCAUCUGCGGUGUGCUUUCAGCGUGGGGUUUUACGAUAUAUGUGACAAUUCAAGAAAGCAUUCUUGCUACAAUAAACAGAGCUUCAGACAUUUACAAUGUUUAUAGUAACGUAUCGUUCUCAACGCUUACCACUUUCGGUUUAAUUUGCAUAGUUUUUAUCAUAGGAAUAUACUUGUACAUUUUCUCGGAAACCCGGCGUCAACAAAGAACACAGACUGAACAUUUAAGAGUAGAAGAAAUGAGAACAAGCAGGAAAAAUAACAAAGCGGCCAAAACCCUAGGAAUCAUCCUU